CUUUCUAUCAAACGAGACCACUGUUGGUGUUUUACUUUCUCUGUUAAAGACAAAUUACACUGUUUUGUUUGAAUUUAUCUCUUGUGAAUGUGAUACCGUCCAACGGGAAUCAUGAAGACUCUGUGCCUCCACGGACACGGCACCAGUGCCUCUAUUUUUGAAUCUCAGACCAAGUCUUUCCGGGCGAAGCUAGACCCGAGCUUUGAGUUCGACUUUGUCGAUGCUCCAUUUCCAAGCCCAGCAACCGCUGGGUUCGAGUCGCUGUUCAAGCCGCCAAAUUACACAUUUUGGACCAAGCCAACAGUUGAUUCUUUCCGCCAAGCCCAUGUAUGGCUCCGUAAAUACUUGGUAGAGAACGGGCCCUAUGACGCCGUCUGUUGUUUCUCCCAAGGCUGCGCUCUAAUAUCCACCUUCCUCCUCUAUCACGCAGCAGAAACGCCCAACGAACCACUACCUUUCAAAGCAGCAAUUUUCAUCUGCGGCGGCGUCCCCCCCCAAGCCCUCGAGGAUCUCGGCCUUCCCGUUUCCAAAAAGGCAUAUGAGAUCCACGAGAAAACGAGUCGGCAGCUCCAAAGCAAAACCGCCAAAUACGCCCAGCUAGCCGACUCGCCGGAUCAAAUCCAGAUCGGCCUCGGGCUGUGGGAUUACGAUAGAGAAGAGCUGUCUCAUGAUCACGACAAGUUCCCGGAUGCUAAUGACGUGUACGGAUUGGAUUUCACGGCUUUCAGAAAAGAUAUCAGGAUCAAGAUCCCCACGGUCAAUAUUUAUGGGGCGAAAGAUCCGAGAUACCCCGCUGGCAUGCAGUUGUCGCAUUUUUGUGAGAAUACGAGGAGGUAUGAUCAUGGAGGAGGUCAUGAGGUACCACGCACAACAGUGGUUUCAGAUGAAAUCGCGGGGUUGGUUAGAUGGUGUGCAGAUCAGAUUUAGAUCGCUGCAGGUGAUCUACAGAGUAUAACUUAUGACAGUGCCGAUCAAUUAGAUGUGUUUCAUUGA